GCCUGACGGCUCCCUCGGCUGCUCACACCCAGCAGGGAGCGAGGGCAGAGGCAAGACGCAGAGCCACCACCCUCCCAUGCAAAUCACCCCCAGGAGUGCAGCUCGGCUCCUCCCGCUUCUCCCCGGGCAAUGCUCCUGGGGAGGCGGUGGGGAAGAUGCAACCCCGGCCGCUGCGCCUUCCUCCUUGUCCUGGCCCUCUUGCUCGACGCCGUGGGCCUGGUGCUUCUGCUGCUGGGCAUCCUCGCCUCCCUCGAUUACUGGGACUUCUUGGUCUACACAGGGGCCCUGAUCCUGGCUUUCAGCCUGCUGUUCUGGAUCAGCUGGUAUUCCCUCAACAUCGAGGAACCUCUGGAGAAACUGGACUUUUAGUUUGGCUGCAGGCAGGGAAGGAGGGAUGCGGACUGCACAGGAACCUGGCUCUGAACCUGGGGCUGUCGGAGGAGCGGGGACACAUUGCCACUCCCACCCAGGAUGCUCCACCAAGGACGAGGUCCCGUCUGUCGACAGAGUAGCAUCAAAGCGGGAAGAUGCUCCACUUUGCCCCGCAUCCUUUACUCAUACCCAGGAGGAUCCUGCGAGGCAGAGGCUUUCAAAGCACCCACCGGGAUGCCCCCACAUUGCAUGAAUGCCAGGCUUCUGGAAGGUUCCAAUCUCCAUCAAGAGUCCAGUGCCCCUGCACCACGCCACUAUCUAUGCUGCUGGUGCCCUGCCUAUUCCAGGAGAAUCUGAGAAGCCUCAAAGUUCUUGCACUGGGAUUCUGAUGGAAUAAACUUCAUGGUGGGCUUAGAUGCCACGACAAGUCCCAUCCCCGCUGCUCCUCUUGUCAAUGUCCUGUUAAAGACUAACAGAACCAAGCGCAAAAGUCUAAAGGGGGUCUCCUGCAAGCACACAUCAUGCUGUGUUAUUGCUACUUCUCCUCUCUGGCUCCAUGGACAAGCCAUGGGAGCCUUGGAAGGAAGCUCUUGGUAUGGCCCAGCUGGAACACGAGACAUAUAGCAACAUGUUGGUUGCGGAAGCAAAGCAAGGCCUGCCAUGUGCAAGAGGCUGCCCUCCUCAGUGCUGGACGCUGUGAAUGAUGAACGCAGCCCUGCCCAUGUGCACAGCCAGGCUGCCCGGGUGGCUCACAUUGAGGUUUUACUCGGCUAGAAUCCUUGUCCUCUAGGCGAUUCUCUGCCUCUGCUGUGCUGUCCUCUUGUUUUGCAUUUCUUGAUCCUAAGAGCAGGACUCUUUUUAUCUUAACUCAGUUGCUUCUAGUCAAAUGCAGCCCGACUAUCAAAGCCACCUAUGACAGUCACCCUUCAGAGGCUAAUCAGACGUGCGUGUGCUCGUCUCCAGUGCUUGACCUGCCUCAAUAACUUAUAUUUUCAUUGGUCUAAUUUUGUACUUUUUAUUUAUAUUUCACCUUAAAAAAGUAUAAGUGUUCCCUAUAAGCUACUUCAGAUGCCCUGUGGUACGAGGUAGUUCUCUAAAUCUAGAAGUAUGUUUGGUCUUCGGCUUUACCAUGAUGCAACUUGUUUCUGAGUGUGCUUUGUCUCUAAGAAUUCUCAAACUCCCAGCUUGACAGCAGCCUCGUUUCAAAAGUUGAAUCUGCUUCUGUGCAAGUUCUGGAAUUUGACAUUGGGCAUAGCACCUCCUGAAAAGGGCACACAAAGCCCAGUGGACAGAGACAAUACAUCAUGGGUUCUCCUGACACCAUGAAUCUUCUGGAAGUUCCAUGCUCAGCCACCAGCCUGGCCUCUCAGCAUUGAGGCUGGACUCAGAAACCUGACAAGCUCUCACAAAAGAACAUUCCAGAUAAGCCAUUAAGAAGAAAGGUUCCAGGGUUGCCUGGGUGGCUCAGUGGUUGAACAUCUGUCUUCGGCUCAGGGCAUGAUCCUGGAGUCCUGGGAUCAAGUCCUGCAUCGGGCUCCCCUCAGGGAGCCUGCUUCUCCCUCUGCCUGUGUCUCUGCCUCUUUCUGUGUCUCUCAUGAAUAAAUAAAAUCUUAAAAAAAAAAAGAAAAGAAUAAUAAGAAGAAAGAUUCCCCCUCCUACUCCAGAAGAUUCCUUGACCAUCUGUGUAAUCCUACUGAUUUUCCCACCUGGACAUUUCUUUGUGUUUCUCACCUGACUCCACGCAGUGAGGAAGCACUUCCUCUCACUUGAGGUGCUAAUAAAUGUUAGCACAGAAAGAAGGGUGGAGUGUCAUCAACACCACCCUGAGCAGCUAGUUCCUGAGGAAGACACUGUGUUGGAAGCCAACUAACUUCCUUCUUGUUUUUUUGUUUUUUUGUUUUUAAUUCUAGAAGUGGAACAGGUUUUCCUUUCUUUGGCUGGGACCCAAAUGCAAUUGUUGGCUCUCAUUUCACAGCAGCCACGCUGUUCAAGAUAUGCCAAUCUCAAAAGAGUGGGCUUGUGCUGAGCCCAGAGCUUAUGGUCUCAGAGGGGCCUGAGAUAGGCUGAGCAGGCUGUGGGGUCUGGUCUCCCCUGUCAUACCCACUGCGAGGACCUGCCCACUUGACCUGCAGCUUUCCUGUGCUCACUUUUGUGUGGCUGCUAAGUGGGCACUUUAAAUGUGCAUACGAUGGUCUUCUCCUUUGUGCAUGUGUUCAUCCCUGAGCCCUCUCCCAAGUUAGAGGGCAUAGCUUCUGCUUCCAGCUGCUCUGGAGAACCAAUGGGGAGAGAAUCUGUGAUAGUAGCAGUAGGGGGUGCAUUGCAUGCAAACUCAGCUGGUCACUUUGCUUGCCCUGCCAUUAGCCCCCCAGAAGAAGGGGGUCCAUGUAAGAAGGCAUCAACCAUCGGGGAGCCCUGGCUAAGAGCUAGAAUGGAGAAGGCACGUUUAGACAGUGAGUGUGGAAAUUGGGGCCACAUUGCCCCUCUGGGACAGGGUUUGGUCCACAACGGAGUGCAUGCCAGGACAAUGCUCAGGGACCCCGUAGGGGACAGAAUUGGAGGACAGAAGUCAUUCUCAGGGGUCAGCACCACCACUGAGCACAGAUCUCCCUGGGAGCUUGUUAAAUGCAGAUUCUGAUUCAGGUGGGUCUGGGGAGAGGCCUGAGGCUUUGCAUAUCUAACAAGCUCCCAGGUGGCGCCACUGCAGGCAGGCCACAUGACACACUGAAGAGCCAUGAUCUUGAGCAGCCCUGUUAUUUUAGAGACGCAGAACUGGAGCCCUGGUGUUCAGGUGUCACAGGCUGCCAGGCGAGCCCUCCUGCCCCUCCCUACACUGCUGACUGGCUUCUCCAGAGCCCUGCUGAGCCUGGGGCAGAGCAAGCAAGCAAGCAGGCAGGACAGCGCCCAGAGGAGGUGAGGUACACUCGUGCUGCCGGUGAGUCAGGAGCCAGUGCGCCUCGGGCCUCAACGUGACUGUACUGCGUGCCCGGGAAUGUGGUCCUGAGCGCCUGGGCCUCCACGCUGCUCCUUGUCUCUUCAGAUGCCAGAGCCAUGAGCGCAUGAGGGCCCAUCCUGUCAGGCAAGGCAGGGCAGAGAGGGAGAAGGACACAGCGGCCAAGUUUCUAUGGGCAGGGCCCCUGGAGCUGGGCUCAUCCUCCCGAAAGUUCUCCCAAGGAACCAUCUCUGCGGCCUCUCCCUGUAUCUGUUCCCUGGGAAGACAGCUGGGCUCUUUCAAUGACCUAACUCAGUUGGUUCUGCCAUUGACGGGCUAAGUGAUGACGGGGUGAGGUGAUCCUCACCUAUUGAGGGUCAUGACAAUGACCUCAUGGUUACAAGGAUCGAAGGGGACUCAGUUUUGGCCCCCAGAGAUCCACACAACCUCUGGAAUGGGCAGAUGCCUGAGAAAGCAACACUGCUCCUUUGCAGAAAUUAAAACACAGAGCUAUAAACUUUGGAUGCCUGGCGACUCUAAGACUUCAGCACCUGCCAUUUAUAAAGCUAUUUAGAGUCAAAUCUGCCACUAACCAGCAAGUCCACACUUUACACACCCCUAGCCUUAUAGUUUACUGCAGAGAUGGCCAGCAGGGACCCACAGGUGCAGGGGGUGAGGGCAUUCUGGGCAGAGGGUGGCUCUACCCAGGCUCUGCAACCACCUUCAGCCAGAAGCCUUGAAGCUGCCAGGCUUCCACUCCUUUCUCGGUGACAUUGCAGUGUGAUGGGAGAAGGGGGGUGAAUCCUGAGUCCAGCCUUACUGAGGCCAGCCUGGAAACAUAUUUGCAUGAGGGACCAGAGAGCCUUCUGGGUAAAAACCAACCCUAAGAGAAGAGAGAGGCAGAGAGACAAGCUCAGCCAUAGGUAUGCUCGACUUCGUUCAUUUUCCCACCACCUCUAUUUGUUCUUGAGGAAGAAGGGUUGUGAGACAGCUGGGGCAGUGUGGGGGAAGGCGCGGGGUGGGUGGAGGCUGUGUGGGAUAUUGGGGUCCGCAUCUCAUCACUUAGAAGCAUCCGAUGUAAACUUCAGUUGUGUUAGUUCCUGGCAGACACAUGAGACAGUAGGUGCUAAGAGUUAGCUGAGCUUGUUUGAGCUGAACUGGCUCAUCCAAGGCUUCAAGAAGUUUCUCGGCAGGGUAGGAACACAGGGGAAGAGGGACAGCCGGGAGAACGCAGGUAACAGGUUAUGGGUCCUUGUUGGGGACCCUUGGAUGGUGGCAUCGGAAUGCUGGACGCUGAGCAACGCCGGGGAAUGCCGAGGUUUCCGUGUGGACAAAGUGCUCUGUCUGUGUCUAAGGACCAAGCAUGGAAGUCCCAGCGAGGGCUGUCUCUGAACUCAAGGCACCCACAGAUUCUCCUUCCUUUCUUUAUCCAACAAAUAUCCACCCCUGGCCCUGGCCCCUCCGGGAUCCCACAGACUGCUCUUCUCAGGAGAUCCUGUCACAUCUGAAGUUGGUGUCUUUCAGGGAAGGGAGAGGGACAUGAGGUCCCACGGCCUCCCGACACCUCUGCUAUGCCCCCACUCCACUGGGCUGUGCACCCCCAAACCCCCCGAGUUGACCUGGGAAGAAAUAAAGUAGAUACAGAUUAUAGUUUACAAGCUAACAACCUGGAUGUGCAUUGGCCCCGACUCUGCUUCCCAAAUACAAGCACCCAGUUGACAAAUGUC